CCUCAGCCGACCAGUUUCGCCGACGAACAUCCUGGCUUUGAUCAUCAUAUAUCUUGUACACAAAAAAAGAUGUCAACUAUAACCAAGCAAAGUACUCAAAUUUGUCAAGGACUAGAUACCAGAGUAGACAUAUAUUUAUGGAAAAUAAAAAAUUUUAAUUCAAUUUGUACACAAAACUUAGAGAAGAUAAUUAUAUCACCAAUAUUUGGACAAUCUGAAGGUUUGUGGCGUAUUGGACUUUCUCCAAUUUCAAACGGAACAGUAUUCACAAUUGGAGCUGACGUGUCAAAUAAAAAAGAUUUUUCACAAACUUCUUUUGAGAUCACAGUAAUCAAUAAAAAUUCUUCUACAAGUAUUCAAACAAAAGAAAUAAAAAUUCGUCCAUGUCAAGUGAAAAAUAAAGCAUCAUAUUUUUGUUCAGUACUCGAUAAAAAUCUUUUUGAGUUUGCUAAAUUAAAUCCUUCAAGUUGGCUGACUGAUGAUGUAUUAACAAUAUCAAUAAAACUUGUAACAGUACUUAAAAGUUUACCACCACAAAUCAAUCGUCCAUUGAUAUCUGGAUUAUUAUCAUGGCUUCAAAAUGAAAAAUUUAGUGAUAUUGUUCUUGAAGUUGAUGGAAAAGACUUAAAAGCCCAUAAGAUGAUAUUGUCUAUUAAAAGCCCAGUAUUUUCAGCAAUGUUUGAUUAUGAAUCCAUGAAAGAAUCAAGAGAUAAUCGUGUUGUCAUUAAAGACAUUGAUGCCGAUGUUGUUGAACAAAUGUUGGAGUAUAUUUAUACUGAAAAAACACCAUCAAAAAUUGAUGAUUGUGUUUAUGAUCUCAUUGGUGCUGCUGAUAAGUAUCAAAUUGAUGAUUUAAAAGAAAUUUGUGAAAAUAAUUUAAUGGGAAAAAUAACAGUUGAUAAUGCUGUUGAUACGUUAAUUGUUGCUGAUCGUUAUGAUACAAAAAAAUUAAAAAACAAAGUUAUUGAAUUUAUUAAACAAAAUUUGUCAAUUGUUAAUUCAGCUGAUUUUAAAAAUUUACAACUUCAAGAUGCAAAUUUAGCUUUUGAAAUUCUUCGAAAAUUGAUACUGGAAAAAUAAAUUUAUCAUACAAAAGAAAGUUAAUAAUAAUAAAUUAAUAAGUUUUCUUUUUGAUUAUUGUUAUUAAUAUAAUUACGAAUUAUUUAUUCUUGCUUCAAAAGGAUAUGAUUCUUAAGUUUAUUAUUUUGUAAAAACAAUUUAAUGUCAUUUUUAAUAAAACUUUGAAAUUUUCAAAUACGAUAAAAAAAAA